AUGGCGAUCAAGAAAAGAAAUAAAAUCAGGUUACCAGGAGGUCCCCCUAAUGAGCUUGAAGUUGAUGCUUCUGUUCAUCGGUCAAUGCAGCAACUAAAGCCCGGAACGUUGAACGAUUCGGAUGAUGAUGAUGAUGAUAAUGACAUGUUUGAUUUGCAACCAAUAAAGUUUAAGAAAGUGCCCAAACGCGAUAUUACUUUUGAUGCUGAACAAGCAGCAAAGGAGGAUGAUUCACAUUAUAAAGGUCUAUACCAACCAAAAAAUAAUAUUAAUACAUUGAAGAAGAACAAAGACGAUUUGUUGGUUCUUAAUAUGGAAGACUUGAUGGAAGGAGGUCAGCAGCUAUUAAAAAAUUCAUCAGAGGUAAUCGAUGGUUUAGAAGGCGAGCAUACUAUUAGUAUACCAACUCGUGAAGAAAUUGUAAAACUAAAGACACAAAAAGCAAUAUCUAGAAGGAACAUUACUAAAAGUGAUGUUGUAAGCGAAAAAGAUUACGUAAAGCUGCUAGACAGCGAGGAUAAACGUGAACUUAUGGAGACAAUCAAAUCGAAUGGUGGUCUCAAACGCAUAAAUGAGAAAGAGAUUGAGAACUUUAGUGAUGAUGACAUGCAAGGCUUUCAUGAUGAAAAACUGGCCCUCACUGAUAAUCAAAUUGCUAUUCAAAAAGAUUUCAAAAGAAAAAUCAUUGAGGAAGCCUUAAGUGAUGCGCCGCAUAGAGCCAAUGAAGAAUGGGAAACGCAGCUUUUGAGCAAGGGUAAUAUACAUAAAUCUGAUGAAAAAAUCAUCACACCUUUACCAAUACUUUUUCCUGACAAUAAGGAAACCGGAAAUAACACUGAAGGAAUAAGUGAGAUGGUUUCGAAAAUUCGUUUACAAAGGAAAAAGGUUGAAAUGAGAUUGCAAGCUUUAGAAAAGGCAAAAAUUGAUCUGGAAAAUUCAAAGGCGAACAUAAUAAACAAGCUUAUGGACAAUUGA